AUGAUAUCAUCGUCUGCAUCAACUUCGAACUGGGAUUUCACUCCGGUGAUUGACCUCUUACAAUCACCGUCAUGUCAGGGCGAGGCUCAAUCGACCCGCAAAAGCCCCACGGAUUGUCCCGUGUCUUCACAUGCGUCACACAGGGUUGUCAAUGACGUUGGAAAACUAGGAACCCAGAAACAACCGCUGAAGGAUGCGAGCGUCAACUCUCCCAAGCUAGGAGACUUUGGCUCUCUGUGGGAGUUACUGGGUACCCCUAGUACGCCAACUGCCUCGAAGGGUAACACCACUGGUAACGAGGUUCGAGGGUUACCACAGCAGUCUUGCCUGCACACGCAACCUACCGUUAUACUCAAACGGCCAUCGGUUCCAAGCGCCUUGGUUGAAACACCAGUGUCGACGUCCAAAACCCCCGCGAAGCCAGCACCAGUACCUAACUUCGCCGGCAUCUACGAUCCUCGGCCACGUCCACAUGAUGGCACGACUCGCGUCGAGUCAAGCGUGGCGACGCGACGGCGCAGCCAGCGAAAUAAAACCAGCAAUGAAGCUACAGUAUCAGAAAGCAACGCUGAAGGGGAGUCAGAUAGCUCUCCCAGUGUUUUUGACCCUCCACUGUCACGUCCGCGAAACAUUCCAAUGAUCCCACCGCAGGUCGGUGUUCCAGAAGCCAGAGCAGGAUCUCUCGAGACACCCCCAUCGUCUUUUGAUGAGCAAAAUGAAUUUCUACCUCCGAACCCUCUCAAAUGUCCUCCCACCGCCAGGGUGCCUCGUUUACAGCCACUUGCCUACAAAACCGCAGCAGAUCAGCGGGUUGGACUUUUGACCAAACUUUUAAAGAAUUUUCCCGAUUAUGCAGAACACCUUGUUGAAGCUGGGCGGUCGAAGGAGUCAAAGAAACAUGAUAUUUCGUUCCGCCCAGUACAUGUCUUUGUUGAUAUGUCAAAUAUCAUGGUUGGGUUUCACGAUACGAUGAAAAUCGCGCGAAACAUACCUGUUCAGACCAGGAUUCGCCGCCUUCCCCUCUCCUAUCAAAACUUCUCCUUGAUAUUAGAACGCGGGCGGCCAGCAGCGAAAAGAGUCCUUGUUGGCUCCGACCGAAUCGCAGCUAUAAGCGAAAGCGAGCAGCUCGGUUACGAAGCAAACAUCUUAAACCGAGUGCAAAAAAUCAAACAGCUCACCUCUCGUCAGUUGAAGUUCCGAGAAAAUCCUAAGGUGACGCCCCACGACGGUGGCCAUAGUUCUGAGACGAACGAUGGUCCGGGGGAGCGUUGGGUCGAGCAAGGGGUGGACGAAAUUCUACACCUAAAGAUCCUGGAAAGCCUGUUGGAUACGGAUGAACCGGCAACGAUCGUGCUGGCCACAGGAGACGCUGCUGAAGCGGAGUUUUCCGGUGGCUUCAUGAGAAUGGUUGAGCGAGCCCUUCAACGUGGCUGGAAGAUUGAGCUGGUUAGCUUCUCCCAAGUGACAAGCUAUGCUUAUCAGAAGAAAGAAUUUCGCUCUCGAUGGGGAACUUCAAUAUUCAUUCCACACUUCACCAUGGCCACAUUCAAAUCGCAAGAUCUCUACGGCGGGGCCAUAAAAGCUAUAACCCCAGAGACCUGGCUCGACGCAAGCAACCUACGUCAAAUUCCAGACCACCAGGAACUUUUCUUGUCCCCUGUCACCCUUUCGAGUCUCAUUUUCGAAAUCAACGAGCGUGUUUCACAGGAAACAGCUCUCUCUGCCCUACAAUCUUCCCCGAACAAGGAAGUCCUCGAGAUUCUAGGGCCCAAUCCCGAAGCUACACCAGAAACCAUCGAUAAAGCGGCAGCGUUGUACCAUUUGCAUGAUAUCCGUGACAAUGAUGGCGAUAUCCUGCGAAUUGUAACUCCGCCCCACCAUGUCUCUAUGCGGAAGAUACCUGGUGCGAGAGCAUAUAAAGGUGUGGCACAGAUGACAUCGCUCACGCCGCGCUCCGGUGUUGCGCCGUCUAUCGGAGGUGCUACUGCCGGGUCGAGCACGGAUGGAGGGUUAGAAUCAAGCGUGACUGUUCAUUAUCUGCUUGUCAGGCUCGAGGAACAGGAGAGCGAUGUUUUGGUUUUCUUCAACGUCCCGCACAAGGAGUUUAAUGAGAAGGGGGACCCAAGAGGGCUGUCCAAAGAGGAGGAGCUAGCCAGUGGGGUUAUUGAUGAGUUGACGGGGAAAUUGGAAGUUGCAGAUUGGGGUUUAUUUGGAGGGUGA